UGGCGGUUGAAGACUAUUCAAAGAAAAACUGCUGAGGAAAAAGGUGCCUCUGCUAGCAAAUCUCCCAAGAGUAAGUAUACUUAUCAGAUGUUGAUGAAUUGUGUAGGCAGGAUUAAUAAAAUUGUGUUUUUGCUCAAGGUGGUGGGCCAGGCCGUGGUCAACCCAGACCCUUCACUGCUGACAAACUGUUGUCUGAUGAGGAUGUGGAAGCAGCUAUUGCUGUUUUGAAACACUCUGCUGAUGAAGACACUGUCCGAGAGAAGAUGAAAGCUACCUUCAUUUAUCGUCAUUCACUGGUCAAUGAUGAAAAGAGAGCAGCAGAUAUCUUCUCAGUCUUCCCACGGUUUCUCGAUACACCAGGACUGAUAGAACAAGAUUUCAGACUGCUGUUUGGUGAACUGACGGCAAACAAAUUUUUGGAAAAGUGGCCCACCAGUCUCAGAGCAAAAGUAAUCACAGAAAGCCAUGGACUUGUACCGAGCACAGAGCUCCUAGAUUUGAUGAGGAAUGCUGAGUCAACUGUUGUGGUUGAGAAUGGUUGGGACAGUGAUAUGUCCGCCAUCUUGCUGCUUCUUCAUCUCUUGCCACCAUCUGCCCAGGGUAGGAAGAGGCCAGGGAAGAUGUCUGCAAGUCAGGCUGUGGGACACCUCAUCAAAUUCAUAAAAGCUGGAACCAGUGUACAGCAGCAUCUCAACAACAUCAGCCAAAGCAGCCAGCCUUACCUCCUUGCUCAGGGGCCUACGAGAAGCAGCAUCCACACCUACUUUAUUGUCAUCGACAAGUGUGCACUACCAUGUAAGGCAACAGGUUCAGUGGCAGCCCUUGACGAACUCUUUAAGGCCCACUACAUCUUUGGUACCUCGUACAGUCCUUCCCUUGCCAACUUUUUCACUUUUCUGCAAACAACUGUCUACAACAUUGAUGUUGGGGAAACAAAGGAAACUCCCAGAGUUGCCGAAUUGCGAGCAAGAAUGAUGCAUUAGUGUCUGCUUAGAUCAAACAAUGAAGUGUUUUCUCUGUGGAAGUGACCAUCAGAGUCCAAAUAGCCUUAUAAAGCACCUUAAGGUAAUUCAUGGUCUCUGUACCGGCCGGACUCUUCAUCUUAAAUGUGGCCAAAUAGGAUGCCCACGUUCUUUUGGUAGCUUUUCUGGCUUUAGAAAGCACUUGAACAAGUGCCACAUAAGUGGUUCAUUUGAUUUUGUAGGAGAAGGUGAUUUUUCACCUGACCCAAGUGUUCUCGACACAAAUAAUGCCACUGAUGUUGAUAUGUUGUCUAGCCAUGUAGAGGCAGAGUCUACAUUAUCUGCAGAAGACCUUGUAAAUAGUUGUGCAGCUGUAGUUUCUGAUUUAAAGGCAGCAGGUGUAGGCCAAAGUGUAGUGAAUUCUGUUGUACUUUCCAUGGAAGAGAUUGUUCAAGAUAUCCAGCAGCAUGCUAAAGAAACUGUUGUUAAGCAUGUAUUUAGUAAUGAAAGAGAAACUGAAACAUGCAAGAAAGUUGAAGCAUGUUUUGAUGAGUUGGAGAAUCCUUUCACAAUUCUUAAUUCAGAAUACAAGCGAUCCAAAUUUUUAUCCAGCAAGUGGGAAACUGUAGAACCAGUUGAAUGUGUAAUUGGCUCCAGAUUUGACACAAGACUAAAUAAAGAGACUGGGACAUAUGAUCAGAUAGUUGUUCAAGAUAAAUUCAUGUAUGUUCCAAUUUUAUCUACAUUGGAGUCGAUAUUUAAAAGUAAGCAUGUUGCAGAAAUGUUGAAAAAAUCAGACACUGAUGACUCGAGGCUAAGCGAUAUUUGUGAUGGAUCUUUG